AUGUCUGAUCUCUCAGAUCUCGAUCGACAACUGGAACAAUUACGACGAUGUGAAUUAAUUAAAGAACACGAAGUGAAAAUGCUUUGUACCAAAGCAAGAGAAAUCUUAGUGGAAGAAAGUAAUGUUCAAUGUGUUGAUUCGCCAGUGACUAUAUGCGGAGAUAUUCAUGGACAAAUGUUCGAUCUUUUGGAAUUAUUUCGUGUCGGAGGCGAUGUUCCACAAACUAAUUAUCUAUUUCUGGGAGAUUUUGUUGAUCGUGGAUUCUACAGUGUAGAAACAUUCCUGUUGUUAUUGGCACUUAAAGUACGGUAUCCUGACCGUAUAACUCUGAUACGAGGCAAUCAUGAAUCCCGUCAGAUUACUCAGGUCUAUGGUUUUUAUGAUGAAUGUUUAAGAAAAUACGGUUCCAUUAUGGUUUGGCGUUAUUGUACAGAGGUUUUCGAUUAUUUAAGUUUAUCAGCUGUGAUUGAUGGAAAGAUCUUCUGUGUGCAUGGUGGACUCAGUCCAUCGAUUCAUACUCUUGAUCAAAUCAGGCAAAUUGAUCGCAAAAUGGAAGUCCCGCAUGAUGGACCGAUGUGUGAUCUUCUAUGGUCGGAUCCCGAAGAAACACUUGGUUGGGGUGUAAGUCCUCGAGGGGCUGGCUAUCUCUUUGGCAGUGAUGUUGUAUCACAAUUUAAUCAAACAAAUAACAUUGAUUUAAUUUGCCGUGCCCAUCAGCUAGUUAUGGAAGGUUAUAAAUGGCAUUUCAAUGAAACAGUGUUAACAGUAUGGUCAGCGCCAAAUUAUUGUUAUCGUUGUGGAAAUGUGGCUGCUAUACUCGAACUUGAUGAACAUUUGAAUCGAAGUUUUACAAUAUUCGAAGCUGCACCACAAGAUCAACGUUCUGCAGCAACGAAACGUGUUGUGCCCGAUUAUUUUCUUUGA